AUGUGUCGUUUAGUUCCAAAGUGUGAGCUAAGGUUCAUAUUAACGGCCAAAAAUCCAAUUGAAUACAAUUAUGGUCCUCGAUCUGUCGCCGUUGGUGAUUUCGAUAAUGACACUUGGCUAGAUAUGGUUGUUUCCAAUCAUAUUGCUAACAAUAUUGCUGUAUAUCUUGGAUCUAACAAUGGCACUUUUUCAAGACCAAUCGAACAUUCAACAGGCACUGGAUCUGCUCCGUACAAGGUUGCCAUUGGUGAUUUCAACAAUGAUCAUCGAUUGGAUAUCGCAGUUGCAAAUUUUGGUACUAAUAAUGUCGGUAUAUUUCUUGGAUUGGGAGAUGGGUCAUUCGCGAAUCAAAAGAUGUUUUCGACUAGCUCAUCUAGGCCAAUUUCGAUUAGCCUAGCUGAUUUAAACAACGACAUGCGACUUGAUAUUGUCACAGUCAAUUAUGGAACCCAUAGUAUAAGUAUACUUUAUGGAUAUGAAAAUGGAAAUUUUUCGGGUCCGACUACAUAUUUCAUGGGUUAUGAUUCUUUUCCAUCUUCAUUAGUCAUUAGAGAUUUUAACAAUGACAAAUAUUUAGAUAUUGCUGUUGCCAACUAUGGUACAAACGAUGUUAGUAUACUUUUUGGUAAUGCCAACGGCACUUUUGCAAAUCAAAUAGCUUUUUCAACUGGCUUUGGUUCUCAUCCGUACUCAAUCGCUGCUGGCUAUUUCAAUGACGAUGUCUUCCUUGAUAUCGCUGUUGCUAAUUAUGGAAUGAAUGAAAUUGGCGUGCUUCUGAGCUAUGAUAAUGGAAGUUUUGCAAACCAAGUCACUUAUUCUACAGGUUCUUCUUCUCCAUAUUUCAUUGACGUUGGUGACUUAAACCAGGAUAAUCGACUAGACAUAGUCGUCACUAAUCACGGUACUAAUAAUAUAGCUGUGCUUCUUGGUUUAGGAAACGGUAUUUUUACCAAUCCAAUGGUAUACUCAACUGGAGCUUCUUCUUCAAUAUCAUUUGUCAUAGAAGAUUUCAACAAAGACAAUCGUUUAGAUAUUAUAGUCGUCAGUAAUGACACUGGUGCCAUCGAUAUCCUACUUGGUUCUUACGAGGGCUUUUCAUAUCGAACGGCGUAUUCAACCGGUUCUCUUCCACGAUCCGUAGCUGUUGGUGAUUUCAACAACGACGAUCGACUAGACAUCGUCGUGGCCAAUUGGGGUAGCAAUGAUUUCAGCAUCCUUCUGGGAUAUGGUAAUGGUUCCUUUAUAAAUCAAAGCAGGUAUGCAAUUGACAAUGCUCCAUACUCUGUAGCUAUUGGUGAUUUUAAUAACGACAAUCGACUAGACAUCGUUCUCGCCAAUGGUGCUGCCAAUGAAGUUACUGUUCUUCUUGGAUAUGGUAAUGGUUCGUUUGCAAAUCAAAUCAAAUAUUCAACUGGUUCUAUUCCACGAUCUGUAGCUGUUGGUGACUUCAACAACGACAAUCAACUAGAUAUCGUUGUCGCCAAUUAUUUUAGCAAUAAUGUGAGUGUGCUUCUUGGAUAUGGUAAUGGCUUUUUUGCAAAUCAAACUACGUAUUCAACUGGGCGUGGUCCACUGUCUGUAGGUGUCGGUGAUUUCAACAACGACAACCGACUGGAUAUCGUUGUCACUAAUUAUUUUAGCAAUAAUGUGAGUGUGCUUCUUGGAUAUGGUAAUGGUUCUUUUGCAGAUCAAAUCACUUAUUUAACUGGCUCUGGUCCACGAUCUGUAGCUCUUGCUGAUUUCAACAACGACAACCAACUGGAUAUUGUUGUCGUCAAUCGUGAUACUAAUGAUAUUAGUGUUCUUCUCGGAUAUGGUGAUAGUUCUUUUGCAAAUGAAAUCAGGUUUUCAAGUAGCUCUGAGCCUUGGUUUCUGUCUACUGGUGAUUUCAACAACGACACCCGAAUGGAUAUCGUUGUCGCCAAUAGUAACAGUCAAGAUGUAAGUGUGUUUCUUGGAUAUGGUAAUGGCUCUUUUGCAAAUCAACUCACGUAUUCAACUAGUUCUUAUUCAUACUCUGUAGCCGUUGGUGACUUCAACAACGACGCCCGACUCGAUAUCGUUGUCAUCAAUGUGGAUCGUGACUAUGUCGAUAUACUACUCCAAUAUAACAGAGGAAUUCUUAAAAACGAAAUGACUUACGCAUCUGGUGGUGGUUCUAAACUACGAUAUGUUAUUGUUGGUGAUAUGAACAACGACGCUCAAUUAGAUAUUAUCGUUGCUAAUUAUGGUACUAAUAAUGUAGGCGUUCUUUUUGGAUAUAGGAAUGGCACUUUUCUAGAUCAAAUGAUGCUUAGUACUGGCUCGAAUUCUCAUCCGUCCUCUAUUGCCAUUGGCGAUUUUGAUGGUGAUACUGAACUAGAUAUUGCUGUGACCAAUUACGGUACCAAGAGUGCAAAUAUUUUGCUUGGAAAUGGUAAAGGAUCCUUUACAAGUCAAACAAGUUAUGAAAUUGAUUUUGUCUCACCUCCGUUUACCAUUACUUCUGCUGAUUUCAAUAAUGAUAGACGAUCGGAAACUAUUGUCGCUUACGACGAUACUGAUAAUGUGGAUAUUCUUGUUGCAUACAACAAUGUCUCUUUUGAAACGAUAACCACGUAUAUAUCUGGCUCUCAGUCACUGUCUAUAACUGUUGGUGAUUUCGACAACGACAACCAACUGGAUAUCAUUGUUGCUUACCAGUAUAGCUAUAAUAUGAGUACACUUUUAGGAUAUGGUAAUGGCUCUUUCUCAAAUGCGAUUAGAUAUUCAAUUCCUUCUUAUCCACAGUUUGUAGCUGUUGGUGAUUUCAACAACGACAAUCGAUCAGAUAUCGUUGUUGCCCAUUUUUAUACGAAUGAUGUAAGUGUCCUACGUGGAUAUGGUAAUGGCUCUUUUUCAAAUACCAUAACCUAUCCCAUUGGCUUUCAUCCAUUCUCUGUAGCUGUUGGUGAUUUUAACAACGACAACCUACUAGAUAUCGUUGUCGCCAGUGGUGAUAUAAAUGAUGUGAGUGUCCUUCUUGGAUAUGGUAACGGUUCUUUUGCAAAUCAAAUUAGAUAUUCAACUGGCUCCAGUUUAGGAUAUAUAACUGUUGGUGAUUUUAACAAUGACAAUCGACUUGAUAUCGUAGUCGCCUAUGGUAAUACCGAUAAUCUGAAGAUCCUUCUUGGAGAUGGUAAUGGCUCGUUUUCAAAUCAGAUCGAGUAUGCAACUGGCUCUUUUCCACGAUCCGUAGCUGUUGGUGAUUUCAACAACGACACUAGACUAGAUCUCGUUGUCGCCAAUACUAUUAGUCAUGAUGUGAGUGUGUUUCUUGGAUAUGGUAAUGGCUCUUUUACAAAUCAGAUCAAGUAUUCUACUGGUUCUUAUCUAUAUUCUAUAGCCGUUGGUGAUUUCAACAAAGACACCAUAUUAGACAUUGUCGUCACUAAUCAAGACACUGCAACUGUAGGUCUGUUUCUUGGAUAUGGUAAUGGUUCUUUUACGAAUCAAAUCACGUAUUCAACUGACACUUAUCCAGGGUCCGCAGCUAUUGGCGAUUUUAACAACGACACCCGACUGGAUAUCGUUGUCAAUCAUGAGAAUACCCAACGUGUCAGUGUCCUUCUUGGAUACAUUAGUAUAGGCUUUGUAAACCAAACCACACUCAUAACUGGAGAUGGUUCCCGACCGCGAUCGCUUGUCAUUGGUGAUUUUAAUAAUGAUGAUCAUAUCGAUAUUGGUGUUGCCAAUGCAGGUUCUCACAAUAUCGGAGUUUUUCUUGGAUACGGCAAUAUCUCUUUUGCAAAUCAAGUAACAUAUUCAACUGGCUCCAAUUCGUCGCCACACUCUAUGGCUGUUGGUGAUUUCAAUAACGAUGCUCGACUAGAUAUGAUCGUCGCUAAUUAUGGUUCUGAAAACGUGGGUAUUUUUCUCGGAUAUGGCAAUGGUUCUUUUACAAAUCAAACGGUAUAUUCAACGGGCUCUGGUUCGUAUCCAUUUUCUGUUGCUGUAGGGGAUUUUAACAACGACAAUAUAAUAGACAUUGUCGUUGUUAAUCAAGGUACUAAUACUGUAGGUCUAUUUCUUGGAUAUGGGGAUGGUACAUUCGCAAAUUUGAUUCAAUUUUCGAUGAGUUAUGGAUCUCGACCAUUCGCCAUUGUUGUUGGUGAUUUCAACAAUGAUACAAAGUUGGAUUAUGCUGUGGCCAAUGAUGAAACUGACAAUCUAAAUAUUUUCUUACAGACUUGCUAA